GAUCGCGGGUACUCGGCGUGCCUGGGCGUGCGCUCUCGGGGGGUCUCUUCCCCAAAUUGCGGAAUAACCCAAUCCUAGGAUUCGUCGAAAACACCGAGAAAACAGUGUUUAAAAUCCGAAUUCGUUGUCAUCUAGAAUGUUGUGAUAUACUGUGACACGUGUGCGAUAACAAACCCCAGCGUAGACUCAGGCCUCGGCCGACCGCGGGAUCCCGUGGUUGGGUCCGAUGGAGAUCCUCGUUCCCACGAGAAAGCAGCUACUAUUCUCGUGCUCCCGGCGCCGAUUCGUGAUUUGGAAGAUGCUGGCGCGCGUGUAUCGGCGAAUAUCUCGGAAAGUGUCGAACGACGCGUAGCAAGGGUGAACGUUGCUUCGUUCCAGACGGACGGGUGGUGACACGUUAAAGACACUAAUUUAACUCCUCGAAAUUGCGUCGAUCCAUCGGCGCACGUCGAUGAUGCCGCGACCCUCGCGCGAUACUUACGGUGACCAGAAACCGCCGUACUCCUACAUAUCGUUGACGGCGAUGGCGAUAUGGUCGUCGAGGGACAAGAUGCUGCCGCUUGCUGAGAUUUACAAGUUCAUCGCCGACCGCUUUCCGUAUUACAGAAAGGACACGCGACGAUGGCAAAACUCUUUGAGGCACAAUUUGUCCUUCAACGAUUGCUUUAUCAAGGUGCCGCGUGGUCCCCAUCGGCCGGGAAAGGGAGCCUACUGGGCGCUGCAUCCCGCCGCAUUAUCCAUGUUCGAGAACGGCUCGCUCCUCCGCCGUCGAAAGCGUUUCAAGCUGCACAAGCCGGACAAGGAGCUGCUGAAGUCCGAGUUGCAGGCGCUCGCCUCGGCGAUGCCGCCGCCGUUGCCACCGCCGCCACCGCCGCCGCCGCAACCGCAGCCGCAGCCGCACGCCGCGGAAUCGGCGGUCUCGUCGACCGGGAUCGUCGGGAACACCGGCGGCGCGACCUGUCCCGGUGGCAACGGGGGUCUCAGCCUAGCGAAUCUCCAUCGUCUGCGGGACGAUCUCUUACGUUGGGAGAUGCAGGAGAGGCGGAUGAUGGUCGCGAAUCACGGCGACUUCGCUGGCGCGGCCAGCUUCGGUCGUUUCGACGGCACCUCCGGUCUGCCGGCCGGCCCGGCCGCGCCGGAGGCCGUCACCGCCGGCUACUACUUGCUAUCACCAGAGGUCAGGCAGAGACUGACGGGCGGCGCUGACGGCGGCAACGAGAUUCUCAGGACAUACGAGGCGGCCGCGUUGCUGCACUCCGCCGCGUCCUGGAACUUCUCCGGCUUCCCGACGGUCUCGCCGUCGUACGCGGUGUCGCAGCUGCCGUAUCUUCAGCAGACCGCCGUCAGCAGGUCGCAGACCAUUCAUCCGGUGACGCGAGAGAUCAGGGACGAGCGUCGGACGAGUGAUCGCGCGCUGGAGAAUGGACCGGUAAUGACUGGCGGCAGAGACAACGAAGCGGUCUUCGCGGGUGAGAAUACUUACGAGCUUACUGGCUAUAAUCGCGAUAAAUUAGCCGAGGAGGAGCCACUUUCGUCGCCCUCAUCCUCAUCCUCGUCGUCCAGAAUGAAUCUCUAUCGGAGCGUCGCCGUGACCGCCGCCACCGUCGCCGCAUCGUCGCCACCUACGUCGCCAAUCUCGCCGAAUUCGCACGCGUCCAAGUCGUCUUAUCGCCAUCUGUCACCUAUUUCGAGCCUGGUGGUGGAGGUCGAACGUACCCAAUUGCCCUCCGGCCCUCGCGAGGACCCGGUCGCGGCUACGGUCGUUCUAACUACGAACACGGAGAAGAGAGUGAAAAAACCGUUCACCAUUGAGAACAUUAUCGCGCCUGAUGAUAAUAACGAAAGUAGCAGCGACGGCGUUGGUGGCGUUGGCGGCAAUACUGUUAGUGUUGGUGACGAGGAGAUUGCCUCGAGAUUGCCCGACGAAUCGAUCGCGAAGAAGUCUUCGCUCCUCGUGCCGAGACCGCUCUACGCUGGAUACACGAUGUCGAUCGCGACCGCGGGAGUUCAGAGGCCUUCGUACGGCACGGCUACCUGAAUCACCCGUCCGUCGUUUUGAUCAGACUGCAUGAACCGCAAGUUCACGAAACAUCCGUUUCCAAGAUUCGGAAUGACGUCUUUUCGACGUAUCCUCCACAUAGACUCCAGGAUGUUUUACGCCGUCUGUGUACACACCGUGUCUUCACUUAUCUAAUAUUCAUCAAAAAAGAAAAAGGGAGAACCCAGAGAACAUUUUCAACCUAUUCUAAUGAAAAGAGAGACGACGGUCCAUCGUUACAGCUGAAUCAGAUCCAAAGAUAUAUACUAGAUCUGAUAAUAAAGUUCAAACACUCAUCACGGUACCAUUGCUAUAUCUCAUUGGUGAUUAUCACUGUGAUCUCCUGAUUAUGAAGUAGUCCCCUUGUGAUUCCUAAAGCUAUAAACCAAUGCCAAUGCCUUUUCCACCCUUCAAAGCAGUUUUAGAACUAUUGUGAUAUGGUCUUCAAAGCUGCCGUGUUAUUUCCGUACGAGUUAAAGAGUUUUCGAUCCGAAGCAAAUAACAGUAUUGAAACAAUUCUUUUUUUAUUCCCAAAGGAAUCUUUGAAAGAAGUGCUCUUUGAUCAUAUUGAUGACAUUAAGAGUAACAUGACAGCAGCUCUGAAGACCAUUUUACAACAACAAUUCCAAAACUACUUUCAAGGAAAGGUGUUAACGGUGUGUAUCUUCCCAAGAGGACUAUUUUGAAGGGGACUACAGUGAUAAUCAGCAAUAAAAUAUGUAGCAAGUGUAUCGUGUUGAGUUGGUAAAUUUUAUUGUUAGAUCUAUGUGUAUGUAUUAAAUUAUCUCUCUAUUAUCAUUAAAAAUGUGUGAAAAAGUUCGUUUCGAUUUCGAUUAGAUAAGCAAAGGCGUAAUAUAUGUGGUACUUAUCCGUCAAAAAGGAUCCGCGAAACUUGGAAUCUCUUUGAAACAUUUUUCUGAAAAAUUGCUGCUUACGACUUCUCGAAUUCUGUCGUAAGUGUCAUAUUAAACGAAACGAUGCGACGAGAUUCAAAAAACGAAACGAUCGCGCGGAUACUUUUUGCUUUAAUCGCGACGCAAUCGAUCGGAUGUGAUCAAUAUGAUCCUCUGUUCAAUUCGCCGCGAACAGCAGACGUGAUGCAAAUAUAAGGAGACAUCGUAUAGACAAUGCGUUAGAGUUCCUCAUUUCGUAAAUACCGUCUUCUUUUAUCGAGAGAUCUUUGCUUGCUGUUAUUGGUUUUCGUCGCAAGAAUCGCUUGGUCUCGAGAAACUUACGAGCAGUUAACAAUUAUAGUUACUCGUAAUCUACUACGGCUAUUUUAUGACACGCGAAGGCGGUCAUCAGUUGAUUAUUGUCAACCGCGAAACUCGGAAAAUAUGUAAGUAACUAAUUAGACGAUCUCUAAAUGAUUAGGCGCAGGCGCGAGCAUGAGACACCAAUGUUAGGUAUAUACAAGAAAAUUAACAAUAUAAAAUUACUUUACAUUUCUUAUAUGAACCGUUUAUUUUGAAAGUGGUGUAAGUCAAUUUUCGAGAAAAUUGAUAAUAUUGUUGCUAUGGUUACAAAUUGAGGUUAAGUUUUCGUUUAAAAGAAAUUUCAAGAGAAACAAGGAAAAGUGGAUUUAUACUAUUUUCAAAAUAAAUGGUUCAUGUAUGAAUAUUAAAGUAUUACUUUUAUAUUAUACCUAUGUUUAAUUGGAGUAUUUUAUAUAAAAGGAACAAAGUGCCAAAGAUUUGAUCAAUCAAAGAAAUCUCUACAGAACUCUUACAAUUCAAAAAUAUUUACGUAAAGAAAAACGUAUUAUACAUAUUUUUAAUAAUCCAGCAACAGACAAUGAACCUAUAUUAAUUUGCUUUUUUUGUAAAAAUGUAAAUACAUAUACUUAUAGAUUAAUAUAUAAAUAAUUUAUUGACAGCACUAAAUUUUAAGCAAUUCGCAACCAUCAGUUUGAGGAAUAGAUUAAGAUUCACAUUGUUAGACUGUAAAUUAUUUUUACAACAUUAAGUCUCCUACAUUGUGUAUUCUUUGCAUGAAAUAAUAAUAAAUCUUUUCUUUUGAAUAAAUUUCUCCAAAAAAUGAUAUUUUAGAUUUAUAUUAUCUAAAUAUGAACAUGCGAAAACGCUUGUUUCCUUUUAUAUAAAAAAUGUCCAAUUAAUAGUCUCGAUAUAAAAAAUUUGUAAAAUUUCAAAUUGCAUCAUCAUCCAGAUUUUCGCAAUGCUACCAAAUGCGAUUAUAUUGAUUAAAUUAUUCAAAAUCUCGUGUUCCUUAAAAGAAGAGGCUGCUCGUUACAUUCGUAUAUUUGCGCAUCCAUCUGUAUUCUAUACUCACUCGAGUAAAAAACGAUUUGUAAAUGUAGAAACGAUUAGUAGCGAAAUAAAUUAUUGUAUAUACGUAGAAUAAGGAUAUAUCUACAAA